AUGGAAAAAUUGAGUUAUAUUCCCGACAUUGAGGAUCAGAUAGAACAAGUGGUUAAAACUAUAUCUCCUGAUGAGCAAUCUAUGCAAACGAUUUACAACUUGAUUGAGAAAGAUUUGGCCAGUGUUUUGUCAGAAGUAUUCGUCGAUAGUUUUACCAUUCGCCCUACGGGAUCACGAGUUUCUGGUUUACAGUUACACUCUAGCGAUUUGGACAUGAAUAUCUAUUUCGAAAAAAGACCAUGUAAGGCAAGAAAAUGUACGUAUAGGGUUGCUGCAGCUUUAAUACCCAUUGUCAAGUGUGUACAUAAAGAAACAGGGUUGAAGUGUGAUAUGAAUUUCAGCUUUUUGAGUGGAGUUGAAAAUGACCAGUUGAUAAAAAAUUAUUUAUCAGUAGACAACAAGUUGAGAUCCGUGAUGCUAGUGAUAAAAUACUGGGCUCAACUACACGAAUUGACUUGUAAAGAGCGAGGUUUUUCCAAGUAUUCUUUGACGAUGAUGUUCAUUUUCUACCUUCAGCACGAACAUUCCUUCCCCAGUGUUUAUGAAUUACAAGAAAAUACAGUUCCCACAAACCCUACUAUUAUAUGGAACAUGAACUUUGCACACAUAGAGGAAACAUCUGAUAAAAUAAAAGAAAUACACUCAAAAUCAAUGUUCAGCCUUCUUUUCGGUUUCUUUAGUUAUUAUGAGGACUUCCUGUACGAUUGGUCGUUGGUAUCAAGAUAAAAAUAAUGUUGCCUCACGAUGCCACAGGCAAAAUUGGACCUAAAAACCCUCUGCCUUACAAAAUUGUAAUAAAUGAGCCCAAAGAAGAGCCUCUUCCAGAGUCCCCCAGAACAGAGUUAAAAACGAAUAGUGAUGACCCGAAAGAACCUUCUCCUAAAGAAGAAUGAUCAUUCAAUAAAAGGACUCUGUACAUAAGAUUCAUAUGUCAUUUGUCCUUAUUUUGGAAAACCAAUUUUCCAAGGCUUUUUAGAGGAUCAUAAUCUUUGCCAGAAACGUUUCCACCGCCAUACUAGACAAUUGAAAGAGUUGAAACAGUUUACUACCAAACGCCCAAUUUGCGUUCAAGAUCCACUAGAACUUGGUCCU